GUGUGACAGGGAUGGCGUAUUUUCUUGCACCGAGUAAUGCGGCGUCGCUGGCCGCUAAGGAGGGCGGAGAUUUCUGUGGUGAAAUAGGGGGAGGGCUCCAAGGAGGCCUCGGGAAGAGCCGGGGUCUGAACUGUAAAGAGAGAAGUUGAUGUGGGCACUGCUAGUCUUGGACCGGCGGCUUGAAGUCUGAGAUCAUCGUGGAACCGUUUACAAAUACACAGUGACUAUGAAAGAUUGUUAGAAGAGGGCUUGUGAUCCUGAAAGCCAAAGAAGAUACAACUCAUAAUACCUAAAGCUUGCCAGAGGUGUCAUGAUUACUAGAAAAGCCUUUAAUCCAGCACUUGGAAGGCAGAGGCAGGCAGAUCUCUGACUUCAAAGGCCAGCCUGGUCUAAAAAAGUGAGUUUCGGGGCAGGCAGAUCUCUGACUUCAAGACCAGCCUACUCUGAAAAAGUCAGCUUUGAAAUUUAUAAAAUAUGGAGAAGACUCAAGAGAAAGCUGAAAGAAUUCUUCUAGAGCCCUAUAGGUACUUACUUCAAUUACCAGGUAAACAGGUGAGAACCAAACUUUCACAGGCAUUUAAUCACUGGCUGAAAGUUCCAGAAGACAAACUGCAGAUUAUCAUUGAAGUAACUGAAAUGUUGCAUAAUGCCAGCUUACUCAUUGAUGAUAUUGAAGAUAACUCAAAGCUCCGACGUGGUUUUCCAGUGGCACAUAGCAUCUACGGAAUCCCUUCUGUCAUCAAUUCUGCCAAUUACGUCUACUUCCUCGGCCUGGAGAAAGUCUUAACACUGGAUCACCCGGAUGCUGUGAAGCUUUUCACACGCCAGCUUUUGGAACUCCAUCAGGGACAAGGCCUAGAUAUUUACUGGAGGGACACCUACACCUGUCCCACUGAGGAAGAGUACAAAGCCAUGGUGUUACAGAAGACAGGUGGAUUGUUUGGACUAGCAGUAGGUCUCAUGCAGUUGUUUUCUGAUUACAAAGAAGAUUUAAAGCCACUGCUCGACACACUUGGGCUUUUCUUCCAGAUUAGAGAUGAUUAUGCCAAUCUGCACUCCAAAGAAUACAGUGAAAACAAGAGCUUCUGUGAAGACCUGACGGAAGGGAAGUUCUCUUUCCCCACUAUUCACGCCAUCUGGUCACGGCCAGAAAGCACCCAGGUACAGAACAUCCUGCGCCAAAGAACAGAGAAUAUAGAUAUUAAAAAAUACUGUGUGCAGUACCUGGAAGACGUAGGUUCUUUUGAAUAUACUCGGUACACUCUUAGAGAGCUUGAAGCAAAAGCCUACAAACAAAUCGAGGCCUGUGGUGGAAACCCUGCGCUAGUGGCUUUAGUGAAGCAUUUAAGUAAGAUGUUCACGGAGGAAAAUGAAUAAUGGUUGCCAUUCUUCCUUAGACUCAUAGCUUCUUCCAGUUGAAAACGAGGAGAGGCUUCCUAUUUAUCUUUUUAAGUACUAGUCUCCAAAAGGAGUAAAUGAAGGUGAAAUUGUCAGAAUCCCUUUGCAUAAGAAUACAAACUUGAGGGCUGGAGGGAUGGCUCAGUGGUUAAGAGACUGCUCUUCCGCAGGACCCAGGUUUAAUUUCCAGUGCCCACAUAGUUCAUCACCAUUUGUAACCCCAGUUCCAAUGAUCUGAUGGCCUCUUCUGGCCUUUGCCGGCAGCAGGCAUGCACGUAAUACACAGACAUACAUGUAACCAAAACAUACAUAUAAGAUAGAUUAUUUUUUAAAUUUUUAAAAACGCAAAAUUGAAAUUAUCAGAAGCCACAGACACGGGUCUUAGAAAUGUCAUACGCUAAAUGUGACCAACUGUCCCUACUACCACACGUGUGUUUUGGAUUUGUGAAUAAAAAGGACUUAAUCUUCCAAGAAACUUUCUGCUUCCUAACUGUAUGGCAUGGAUGGUUCCCAAUUCAUUGAUGCUUUAGUUCAAAACAGGGACUUCCUAGACAAAUCUCUAGGUGACGUAAAGACCAAAGAACUGCCACCUUCCCCUAGAUGAUCCUGCUGAGAGUAUGUCAGUGUUGUCAUUGGAGGCCUGUACCGAAGUCUGAAGAGACAGAGUGAAAGCAGUCGGCACUCUCCCUACCCACUUGGUUGUUUCCCUCCUUUAACACCCCACAAAUUCUGGGUUGUUGUUUUUUUUUGCCAAGGAGGCUUUACACUUAAUGAAGUUCACAUCCAGGUCUCAAUUUAUUUUUUAUUUGUCUGUUUUUGUUUGUGUGUAUGUGUGUUUUCUUUUAAUAUUUUUUUCUGACCCAGACUGAUUAGUAUCUGUGUAUAAUGUUGUUUCUAUGAAAGAGGAAAAUAGACAGAAAAAGUGUUUUGUGUACCUGGGAAGCAAUCCGAGGGAGACUCAGGAAGAUCAGAAGUUCAAGGUUAUUCCCAGCUAUGAGUUUGAGGCCAGUCUGGGCUACUUGAGACUUUGUCUGAAAAGGAGAAAGCAAAAGGAUUAUUUUUUAUCUUGAGACAGGUUUCAAAAUGCAAUUCUAGCUGGCCUCGAAGGAUCAAAGGAUCCACCAGCCUGGCCUGUCUCCCGAGUAAUAGGAUCAAAGGUGUGGCCCACCACGCCUGACAAAGAAUGUGUAAAUCAGUUUAUUUUCUGGCCUGGUACUAAUUCAUGGUUCUUCUGUCAUUCUUCACUUUGUCAGUAACAGAAAUGUCUAAUAGUGAAUCAAGGACAUUAUUAGAGUCAUUUUAUCUAUAUGUAAUCAAACGUCCAUCCUCUGUUUGGUCUGUGGUCACAGCUGUGAAUUCAGAAGAGAACCAGAAUAUAAUGAGUAACUCAGUUCACUUAAUAAAAUGAUUUUACUUGUGCACGCCUUUAAUCCCAGCACUCUGAAGGCAGAGCUCCAUGGAGGCCAGCCUGGUCUAC